AUGGCACAAGUUAUGAUGCCGAUGACACCAUUCAAUCAAAAUGAGAAUGGCACUCCCCCUCGUCCCUUGAGUAGACGCAAGAAGAGGGAAGCCGAAGCCGCGGCCGUUGUUCUAUCUGAAGAUCGCAGACGCGCCCUCGAAGCUACUUAUAACGGGGCUAGCGCUGGCGAAGCCCGCGAGAAACUCCUUCAAAAUCCAGCACUUUCACUUGGACCUGGUCUUCAUCUACCACCUACUGAGGAUAAGACGUAUAACUUACUCACCCAUUUCCGUGUUCCUGGACCUGAACUCGUCAACAAGAGCGUCCCCAGCUGUGGCUUGCCAUUAGGUUGGUCUGACAAGCAUGACCGUUGCAUUGCGUAUAUGUCUACUCAUGCUCCGUUGGUUCAAGGCAAAGUUCCCAGGCAAGAGGCACUUCAACCUCGUUACACUACACGCGAAAUCACUUCCUUCAUCUUGAAGCGAUUUCCAGAGUUAUGUCGCCACCGUAUUAAGGAGUCAAUUAUUGAGUUACGCCUGGAACUCCUUGACCGCUCUGAAAAUUCUUAUUUCAGUGUUGAGUAUGGCGGUUAUAGUGAUCAUGAGUGGGCUCGAGGCAUCUGA